AUGUCGAAAUUGAUCACCGUCUUCGGAGCCACCGGUAACCAAGGUGGUUCUGUUAUCCGCACCAUUCUCGCCGAUCCAGAGCUAUCCAAAGAGUUUCGCGUCAGAGCCGUCACUCGCGAUCUGAGCAAGCCAAAAGCAAAAGCCCUGGCAGAGAAGGGAGUUGAGCUAAUAAAAGGAGAUAUGUCAUCGCAAGAAGAUGUCACCAAAGCAGUUGACGGAGCUCACGCGGUGUAUCUUGUCACCAAUUUCUGGGAAUCAAUGUCCGCCAAGCCUGAAAUCCUGCAAGGAAAGGUAGUCACAGAUGCUUGUAAAGCAGCAGGCGUGAAGCACUUGAUAUUUUCCUCUCUGAUUAAUGCGGCCAAUGCAACUCAAGGACGACUGGUCAACAUUACUCAUUUCGACGGCAAAGCUGAGGUUGAGGAGUAUAUUCGCGAGCGCGGUAUACCAGCUAGUUUUGUCAUGCCGGGUAUUUUCAUGAGCGAAUUGUUCUCGUUCAUUCGAAAGCAAGAGGAUGGAUCGUUCAUGAUGGCGAUACCUGUUUCUCCAGGGACUAUUGCCCCAUUUAUUGAUGCUAGCGUUGAUACAGGAAACUUCGUUCGGGCUGCUCUUCGACACCCUCCAACGGAGAAGGCGAAUGUCAUUUAUGCUGCUAGUGACUAUUACAGCUUCGAACAAAUUGCAGCUGACUUUGAGGCUGUAAUCGGUACACCCCUCAAGGUAGUCCCUGUUCCCGGGGACAUGUUCAAGGGUUUCCUCGCCGCAUCGCUGCCACCAGACAUGGUUGACGAGAUUUAUGAGAAUCUAGUUAUGCUUGAGGAUCCUGGUUACUAUGCUGGGGCUGAUUUGUCCCAAAGUCUCGAGUUAUUGUCCGAGAAGCCCGUGAGUGUGAGGGAGUUUUUUGAGAAGAACCGCAAGUAUUGGGGUUGA